CACAGUUCAUUGUGUACCGGUUGUUGGAGGAGUCGGAUUCAGUGCAAUUUAUCUAGAUAUUAUUAGUUCGUAAUUAUUUUACGUUGGCCUGUAAACAUGGAUAAAACUGACACAUUACAGAGUGAAGAAGAAAAUGUACUAUCGUUAACAACAGAAGAAAUAUGUGCAGAUGUGGUGGAAGAACUAUUAAAAAAAUUCUGUUACAAUUUCGUGGAGAUCUUCGAGUUAAAUCUGAUGUUCUACUAUAAACUUCUGGAGGAAAAACCUGUUCCUAACAAAGAGGGCACCAUUCACGGCAAAGUGCUCAGCUUAUUGGCAUCAACAAUUCCAGUUUAUGGCAAAGGCAUCGGAUCGGCUGUCACCAGCGGAGAAAUAUACGUACUAAAAAAGUUGGACAAAAAGAACUCGAUAGCUUUAUCAAAUCUAGUCUACUACUACUUCGAUAACAAGGAAACCGUUCGUCAACUACUAAUUCAGUCCGCCAUAGACGUUUUCCUGUGUUUCGAAGAUCAGUUCAAGAGGGUGACCUGCAAUGGCGGCCAAAAAAGGGCCAUGUAUAAGUUGGCGAAGGACGCGUCACACCGAUCGUUUGCGUAUUUUUUGAACACCGAAGAGAGCAAAGAACUGAACAGGGAGGAAGUGACCAGAGGUGUAUUGUUGGGACAAUCGAAGUUGGGAACAACUGGCCAAAGAAAGGGUGGCACUGUUUCGGACAACGAAAUUAAAUGGAAGACUGCCAAAAUUUUCGCAAAAGUAGGCGUAGUGUUGGAGAAUGAAAAUAAAUUUUACAAAAAUGACGACACCAAUACCAAGAAGUACCGACAUCGGCGAUUAUUUUUCUGGGAAAUCCCCGACGAUAUAAAAAACACUUGGCAAGAAGAUGAAGGUCACGAAAUUAGCUAUGUGUUAGAAAUGUCCGACAAAUAUGUGGCCAAUGUAAAUGAAUACGUAAUGUCCAAAAAUGCCUUUGAGGAGGCCCAGUUAGAAAGACAAACUUACUACGACAGUCUCAUUAAAGACAAUGAGGAGAAGCACCAACAACUUCUAGAAACGAUUGACAAAACAUUACUCAAUAUUAAGGACUCUUAUACCGAAAUUGCGGCUUCAAACAACAGUCAAAUUAAACUUAUAGAAGAAAUCAAAGAUUCCCAAACGGAGGCUGUAGUUUCUCAAGAAAAAAUCCAUUUGAAGCUGGAUGAGAUACAUCAAGAUGUCAUUGUAACAAAACAAUCUCAAACUGUUAUUAUUGAAAAAAUGCCUGAAAUUGAACACCAAUUAGUAACAAUCACAGAAAGCCAAAAGGAGCUCCAGAAAAAAACGGAAGAUGUGGACAUCGAUAAAAUUGCAUCUGCGGCUAACGACAGGCUUAAGAAAAAUGUGUCCCGUGAAAUAAAUAAAGUGAAUGAUAACAUCAAACGUGAGUUAUCCAAGGCCAAUGACAAUUUAAAAGAAAAUGUUAAUAAAACUGUCAAAAAAUUAAAAGGUCGUAUUAGAUUUUAACUUUUUUUGCAUGUUCAUUGUGAUGUUAUCAGCUUUUCCCAUUAUUAUCAGCAAUUUUGAUACAAUAAAGUUUUUGUCAUA